AUGCCCCCCAUCCCAAUAACAAUCAUAACGGGCUUCCUCGGCUCCGGCAAAACAACCCUCCUCCUAAACCUCCUCCCGCAACUCCCAAAAUCCUACAAACUCGCGCUCCUGAAAAACGAAUUCGGCGACCUCGCAAUCGACUCCCAGCUCGCAUCGACCUCUUCCAUCUCCGGCGUCCGCGAGCUCCUAAACGGCUGUAUCUGCUGCAACCUGGUCGGACAGCUCUCCGACGCCCUCACGGAACUCGAAAGCCAAGUCCACCCCGACCGCAUCGUCAUCGAGACCUCGGGGAGUGCGUUCCCCGCUACACUGGCGAUGGAAGUGAACAGGCUAGCGCGGGAAUCGCCGAAGAACGAGGACGGGAGCGCGAAAUACGUGCUCGAUGGCGUGGUCAGCGUCAUUGAUGUGGAGAAUUGGGCGGGGUACGAGGAUACGAGUUACACGGCGAAGAUCCAGGCGCGGUAUACGGAUCUCCUUGUGUUGAAUAAGUGGGAGGGGGUGUCGGAGAGGAGGUUCGAUGAGGUUCUUGAUCGGGUGGGGGAUUUGGAGGUUGACACGGCGUGGGUGAAGAGUGAGAGGGGGAGGGUUGAGAAGGAUGUGUUGCUGGGGAUUGACGGGGCGCUUUUCGCGAAGGAGAUGGGUGGAGAUGGGGAUACCGGGCACGGUCGUGAUCAUGAUCAUACGCAUGAACACGGGCAUGAGCCUACGAAUGGCGACAAGCAUGGACAUCAGUCUGAGGUGGAGGUUCUGUCUGUUACGCUGCGGCAGACGGAGGGGCAAGGGAUGGUUGACGUGUCUGCGCUGGAGAAACUCCUUUCCACUGCACCGAAGGAGGAAGUCUACAGGAUCAAGGGGAUCCUGCGAUGCUCGACGCAGACGCCGCCGGCGAGUUCGUCGGAUGAUCUAGACGUCAGGCCGUCACCUUCGGGCUCGGGCGCAGCGCAUGCGUACUACAUUCUGAACUGGGCGUUUGGGCGCUGGUCGUGCACGCCCUCGAAGGUUGUUGCGGAGGCUGCGGAGCCGGCGACGGUUGCGCGGAUCACGCUUAUUCUUGCGCGGUAUGAGUCCGCGAAGUGGAAGAAGAAGUUGGAGAGUGGAGGUCUGGUGCAGAGUGCAACCGGGGGCGGGGCAGAGCUGAUUGUUGAGAGGCUUGUAUAG